ACCCGCGAAAACGAAAGACACAGUGUGAAGAGAAGAACCGAUCGGUCGUUGAACGAUCAUGAGCAUGGCCACAUCAUCGUCCAAUUCCUCCAACAUUUUCCUCGCUGCGGUCUUACUAGUCUUCGGAAAUGUCGUCCUCGGAGCUCAAGCUAGUAACGUCCAUUACUACGACUUCGUGCUGAGAGAAAUCAACGUCACAAGAAAUUGUACAACCACGACAAUUUUAGUGGUGAACGAUAGUCUUCCUGGGCCAACCAUUCGCGCUCGAAAGGGCGAUCUUGUUUACGUGAAGGUUCACAAUCAAGGACUGUACGGGGUCACUCUUCAUUGGCACGGAGUGAAGCAACCACGAAAUCCAUGGUCAGAUGGUCCGGAGUAUAUUACUCAAUGCGCUAUUCCACCAGGAACAAAUUUCACUUAUGAAGUGAAUUUAACUGACGAAGAAGGAACUGUUUGGUGGCAUGCCCACAGUGAGUGGACUAGAUCCACCGUACAUGGUGCUAUUGUUGUUCUACCACGUGAAGGAUCCAACUUUCCCUUCGCUAAGCCAGAAGGAGAACAUUUAAUCGUGCUAGGUUCUUGGUAUAAUGAAGGAACUUCUCUAAAUAAAGCUUUAGAGAUGGAACUGUCUAUAGGCAGUCCUAACGUUCCUCGUGCAACUGGUUACCUGAUCAAUGGACAAUUUGGAGAUUUUGUUCCAUGCUCCAAUGAUACCACGCCUCAUUUUUUUGUUGAUUAUGGCAAGACCUAUCUCUUUCGUAUAGUCAAUGCAGUGGUCGGUUCAGAAAUGUUCGUUUCCAUCGCUGAUCACAACAUGAUGCUAGUCGGAAUGGAUGGAGCAUACACGAAACCAAUAGUUGUUUCGUAUCUAAUGAUAGAACCUGGACAAACUAUGGAUGUAUUAGUUACAGCAAAUCAAUCUCCAGGAAGGUAUUACAUGGCUGCUCAACGGUUUUCAAGUGAAGACAUGGAUUUCACCAAAUUUGCCCAUGUCGUUGCUACGACAAUCAUCCAAUAUGAAGGGAAUUUCAGUCUGACGUCACCACCAAGUUACCCAAAUGACACGCUGCCAUUUUAUCAUGACUAUAGUGCCGCGGCGAGUUUCACACAACAACUGAGAGGUUUAGCAUCUGAAGAACAUCCCGUGGACGUCCCUCACAACGUGACGACAAGGAUGUUCAUCACAGCUUCCAUGAAUGACGUGGCAUGCCCAAAUGAUUCGUGUUAUUUCGGCGAUACCAAAAUUGCCACAACCCUAAAUAACAUAAGUUGGGAGGACCCAUCCGUGGAUGUGCUACAAGCUUAUUACAGAAACAUCAGCGGAGUAUACACCACGGAUUUUCCCGAUCUUCCUCCGGUUUUGUAUAAUUUCACGGGAGAUGAUUUGUCGACCAGUCUUGCUGAGGCUGCUGCGGGGACAUCCGUGAAAGUUCUGAACUACAACGAAACUGUGGAGAUAGUUUUUCAAGGGACUAAUCUGUUGGAGGGAUCAGAAAAUCAUCCAAUGCAUAUGCAUGGAUAUAGCUUUUAUGUCGUUGGGGUCGGUUUAGGAAAUUUCAACAACGAGACUGAUCCUGAAAAGUACAAUUUGGUCGAUCCGCCUAAAGUCAAUACAUUUGGAGUUCCUAAAAGAGGAUGGGUGGCUAUUAGAUUCAGGGCAAGCAAUCCAGGUGUAUGGUAUUGGCAUUGUCAUAUAGACCGACAUAUGAGUUGGGGAAUGAACACUGCUUUUAUAGUGAAAAAUGGGGAUACGGAAGAGACAAGUAUGAGGCCACCUCCUUCCUAUAUGCCUCCUUGCAUUGCCUCCAAGGACAAAUCAUAUGGUGAAAUAUCUCAAACUUUAAAAAGCGACAUGUAAUUACUAUGAUUAGGUAGAAUCAUUUGGCCAUUGGAAGUCACUAGGCACGAGGUAAUUAGUCAAUGUUCGUGCUCCACAUGAAUUCUUGCUUUCAUUGGUGCCGUGAAAUUGAGUAAAUUGAAUUGAAUAAAUUACUGCGCUAUUUAUGUGGAUCUUCCAUGUACAAAAUUAGUUGGAAUUGGACAAUGUUCUGAAA